CACUGUCUGCUCUUUCUAAUACGAGUUGGAUUGGCGAUUCCUCGUAUGUUCACUUUCCAAUUAGACGGAGAGAGGAAGUGAGGAACCAAAGGGGAAGAGAAAUGUCGGGUAUGGGAGACGGGUACGUGGGCACGGCCCAAGACGCCGUUAGGAUCCGAAAGCUCGAGAAGCAGAGAGAAGCCGAGCGCCGCAAAAUUCAGGAGCUCAAGGACAAGUCCGCUUCCUCCAAAGGCCAGCCGGGCCUCCUCCAGUUCGGUAAAAGUCGGGCCGAGAUUCUUGAGCACGCAUUCAAGAAAGAAACUGUGGGUUUGGUUACAAGGGAAGAGUAUGUUGAGAAGAGAAUUAAUAUACGGAACAAAAUCGAAGAGGAAGAGAAGGAGAAACUUCAGAAGCAACAGCAAGAGGAGGAAGAGCUCCAAUUGAAAAAGCGUAAACAGAGGAAGCCAAAAGGGAAUUCUCGGUUAUCGUUUGCGGAUGAUGUUGAGAAUGGCAGUGAAGAGGAGGAUUGUGAAAAUGAAACUUUGCAAUCAAAGAGACUUCGGCAUGGCAAACUUGGUAAAGAUCCAACAGUGGAAACUAGCUUUCUGCCAGAUAGUGAGCGAGAGGCAGAGGAACAAGCUGAGCGUGAAAGGUUGCAGAGACAGUGGUUUCUUGAGCAGGAGCAGAUUCGAAAUGAGCCUCUUCAAAUUACUUACAGCUAUUGGGAUGGAGCUGGCCAUAGGCGGGUGAUUCAGGUACGCAAGGGGGAUAAGAUAGGAGAGUUUCUUCGGUCUGUUCAGCAGCAACUUGCACCUGAAUUUCGAGAAAUUCGAACCACUUCAGUUGAGAAUUUGAUUUAUGUGAAAGAAGAUGUUAUCAUUCCCCACCAGCAUAGCUUUUAUGAGCUAAUCAUUAACAAGGCUAGGGGCAAAAGUGGACCGCUCUUCCACUUUGAUGUGCAUGAGGAUGUGCGAACAAUUGCAGAUGCAACCAUAGAAAAGGAUGAGUCUCAUGCUGGGAAAGUUGUCGAGAGGCACUGGUAUGAAAAGAACAAGCAUAUUUUCCCUGCUUCAAGAUGGGAGAUAUAUGACCCAACAAAGAAAUGGGAGCGUUAUACCAUCCAUGGGGACUGAUUCAUCAUCGCACAUGUACAGGAUACAGAAUUUUGUGCUUUGUUUUAAAAGCAGUGUAACCUGAUUUCAUUGACAGUUGCUCCGGCUCAUUUUUCGUUUUGUUCUUCCAUGUCAUAAGUUAAGUUAAAAGGAGAACUGGAGUUGGGAAUUCCUUCACUAUUUAACGAAACAGUUGAUGGAAAUGUUUGUGAUAGAUUGGAGAGACUAUUUCUGUGGUAAUUGCAGCACCCAUUUUCUCCGA